AUGUUGGGAUAAAAAUCUUUUUGGUGGAAUGUAAAAUAUGGUGAUAACCAAAACAUUUUUCUUCCUUCUCAUUAUUAUGUGGAUGUACGAUUUAGAGUCUAUGAUUUUUCAUUGCAUGAUAUCUACUUAGUUUUAUUACUAGAUGAUUAAGAUUUCCAAUACUCUUCAUAAAGGAAUACUUUUAUUACAUGCAAUGAUAAUAAGUAAAUGAGUGAAUACUUUUUUGGGUUUGGAAACUUUCAUUUUAGUUCAACUCUUUUAAUUUAAAUUUUUCAGCCUGUUUUUGCAGACCCAUCCACUUAUUGGGGAAUUACUGAUUUUGAAUUAUACAUACUUUAAUGUCCUUCAAAAUGUUAUUCUUGUGAUGAGUUUGGUAUAUGCAAUGAUUGGACUUAAUUUAAUAGUGUUUAUGGAUAGAAAAACUUAUAAUUUAUGGAAGGAUGGUUUAAAAACACUAUAUAUUUUAAUGAAAAGACAAGCUGUGGAAGUAAUCUUUUAUUUAUUAUAAUUUAGGUUUACAAUUUUAUGGGCCAUUUGUUAAUUAAGAUAUAAUUUAACAUCAUUCAUUUAUCCAAGAUAAUCAUUCAAAAAUAAGAUUAAGAUUCAAGCUAAUUAUUGUAGGUGAAGCAUAUAAAGCCAAAGUUUAUGUAAAUUAAUACCAAAACAAUACUGAUAUUGAUAGUAUUUAUUAUAACUACUUUUAUUUGAUAUGCGGAUAAUCGUAAAAGAUUUAUGUUUUUGAUGCCUUAAUUUAACAUAAUCUUCCUGAUCUACUAAUAACAAUAUAAAUAGAAGUUAAUAAUUUUAAUGAUAAUGUUGCUUAUUUUGGAAUCUUAGACUUCGAAAUAUUCUCUGAUGCUCUAGAAAUAGAUAUUUGUAAUGAUUAGAACAUUAAUCCGUUUGAUGGAUGUUUUAAUUAACAAUUUGAUUGUAGUGAAGGUUGUAGUAAUUGUGUAAAAGGUUUGUGUAUCGAAUGUGAUAUUAAUUGGUUGUAUGAUCCUAUAAAUUAUAAUUGUUAUAGUAAUUGUGGAGAUGGAUUAAUUGUUGGAUUUGAGGAAUGUGAUGAUUCCAAUUCAAUUCCUUAUGAUGGUUGUUAUUAAUGUAAAUUCUCAUGUCCUUAAAAUUGCAUUAAAUGUUAAUAUGGCUUAUGUUUAAUUUGUGAUCCUUUAUUUUAAUUGAUUAAUAAUAAUUGUAUCCCAUAUUGCUCUAAUAAUCAGAGUGUUAAUUUGAUAAAUUAUCAAAUUGUAAAUAAAGUGACAGAAUGUUUACCUAUUAAUCAUUAUUGCUAAUUAAAAUGCUUUGAAUGUUAUUAUUCAUUGUGUAUAAAAUACUUGCCUGACUGGAAUUUAAUUAAUUAAUAAUGUAUUCAUGAAUGUGAAAACGAGGUUAUAGCAGAUUUUCAAAAAUAUUGUAAUGAUGGUAAUUAUGAAAAUGAAGAAGAGAAUCAUAAUUGUAAAUUUGAAACAGCGUCUAAUCCAUCUUCUAGUUUUUCUGUGUGUGGGAAUGGAAUAAUCUAAGAUUUUGAAUAAUGCGAUGAUGGAAAUACUAUUCCAUAUGAUGGUUGUUUUGAAUGUUAAUAUUAAUGUUAAGAAAAUUGUAUUGAUUGUCUUGAUGGUACAUGUUUAUAGUCAUACUUUGAAGAGGUCCAAAUUGAAACAUGUAAUUUUGGAUUUUAUUUGAUUGAUAAUAAAUGUUUGUCUAUUUGCGGAGACUUAAUUGUAGCUUCAGAUGAAAGAUGUGAUGAUGAAAAUAAUGAACCUUUUGAUGGAUGUUUUAAAUGUUAAUACUCAUGUUCACUUAACUGUUAAGAAUGUAUUGAUGGAUAUUGCAUAAAUUGUGAAAAUGGUUUUUAAUUGGAAAAUAAUAAAUGUUAAGAACAGUGUGGGAAUGGUAUAAAGACUCAGAAUGAAGAGUGUGAUGAUGGAAAUAUAUUUUUUGAGGAUGGAUGCUCUGAAACAUGUUAAAUAGAAAUCUUUUGGAAAUGCAUAAAUGAUUAAAAGUAAAGAAGCUAGUGUUUUCAAAAUAAUAAUCCUAUUGUAGAAAUAAAAUUAUUGAAUACCACUUUUAAUAAAUAAUUUAUUUUAAUGAAAAGUUCUCAAUAAGUAAGAUUAAAAGAAGACAAUCAAAACUUAACCUAAAAUCUUAAAACUUCAAUUAUAAAUGUUAAUCCUUUAGAUUAUAUCAUAACUUUUGAUGUUGAAGCUGAACCAACUUUUGAACAACUAAAUGAAAUUUAAUACCUAUUUACUAUUGAAUUACUCAAAUAAUUAGAAGUUGAACUAAUUUUUCACAUUUAAUUCAAUAUUACAUUGAUCAAUAAUUAUGGUUUAGAAGUAAUUCAAAAAGAAUAUAAAAUAAAAUUGUCUAAUCCUGUUGUGUUGAGCGAAGCUGAGAAGGAAAUUUCUUAAAAAACAGGUAAAUUUUACACAAUGAUGCUUAUAAUACUUGCUAUUUCAGGAUCUAUAAUUUUAUUAUCUGGUAACCCAUAGGAUUGUUUUGAAGUUCUUGAUGCUUUAUAAUAUUAAUCCUAUCUCAGAUUUAUUAAUAUUAAUUUUCCAGAAAAUGUCUUUAUAUAUUUUGAAUCUUCAGAUCUAAUUUCAAUUCAACCUGCGUUAAUUAAAUUUAAUUUAGUAGAUUUAUUUUAAAAAAUAUUUGGUUCAGAAUUUUUAGAGUCAUUUGGGAAGUUUUACUUUUAUUAAAUUAAUGCAGAUUUGCUAAUUAAUUUACAGAGUUAAAUUUGCUAAAUUUUAUUGUUGUUAGCUCUAUUUAUUUUUUUUAAUCUUUAUAAUAAGAUUUUUUAAAGGCAAUUCAUUUCAUCAAGACAAUUAAUUGAGAUUAAAUAGAGAAAUUCUAUGAUUUUGGAUAGAAUUGUUUUAUUUCUAUAUUAGAUCAACAAAAUUAUUAAGGGAUUAAGCAAAAUAUUUACAAAAAAAGGAUUGAAACUAUUGUUUUUAGCAAAUAGUUGGGAUGUUCUUUUUAAAAUUAUCCUAUUUAUUUAUUCCAAACCCUAAUAUUCUAUAAGAACCUAUCUUUCGAGCACAUUUGGUGUAAUAAUAAUGAUAUCUCUUAUUUUUAUUUCUUUAUUUUGCAUGUUUGCCACUUAAUAGAAUAAAUUAUUUAGGUUUUCAAAAAUAAACAGAAAUCAAGGGCUGAUUGUUAUCAAAAAAUUGUUAUUCCUCUUUUUCUUGAUUAAGGCUUAAGAUGAUUCAAUUAUUCAAUGUCUUUUAUUAGCUUUAGUAAAUUCAUUUUACCUUGGUAUCGUUAUAAUAUCAAAGCUAAUAAAAAACAAUAUUGAAAUAAUUGUCACUUUUUGGUUUGAAUUACCAAUAAUAAUUUUUACAUUUUCUUGCCUCCCUCUUCAUAAUGACUUUGUUAAACAUUUAACGAAUGAUUAAUAAGUUUUCAUAGGAUUUUGUUAAAUAGGGAUUUUAUGCUUUGGAUUAAUAUCUCCAUUAAUUAAAUACAGUUACAUACUUAUCAAGAAAGGUAUAGAUUAUAUAAAAAAGAAAUAACAAUUUAUAAUCGCAUAAAAAGAAAAGAAGAUUUAAUUAUAAUAAAUGUUUUUUUGA